AUGGGGGUGGACAGAGACUGUGUUUACCAACUCUUAGAAGCAUCUCGCAUGAGGCCUGAGGUUUUCCUGAUGGUGAAGUUUGGGUUGACUGUUUUCAAGAUUACCAAGAGCUCUAUAUACUUGGGCGGCGAAGAAGAAACGGAGGACAGAGGAAUUCAAAGCUCGUCUUCAGAUUGGGCGGCGAAGAAGAAAUGGAGGGCAAAGAGAAAUUCAAAGCUCAGAGAGAUGUCCUCUUCGUCUUCAGCAGCCAAGGCCACCAUCAGCAACCGGACCGUUUUCGAGAUCCUCUCCAGGCUGCCGGCGAAGUCCGUCCUCCGAUUCAAGUGCGUCUGCAGGCUGUGGCUUGCCCUGGCCUCCGAUCCUCUCUUCCUCGACGCCCACACCCGCCGCAACCCCUUCACCAUCUCCGGCUUCCUCAUCCAUGAAAUCGGGUCGGCCCGCCUCUCCUCCUACUCCGUCGACGGCGGCGCCUUGGCAGUCCUCCCCGACCCCUCACUCUCCUACCUCGACCACCUAUUCGCUGAAAGCUGUGGCCUGCUCCUCUGCAGAAGCCGCUCGCCGCUUCUGUCGUCGAGCCAAUUCCUCGUCAAUCCCACCACCAUGCAGUACCGACAAAUCCCAAACCCUCCUACCGAUGUAUAUCCAUUCAAAUGCCAGUUCAUGCUUGCUUUCGAUCCUUCCACAUCCCUCCGGUAUCGAAUUGCCUGCCUCUGCUCCAACAACGAGCCCUCUGCGUUCAAUCUCGAACCUUCUCCGUUUCACGUCCAGAUAUACUCAUCGGAAACCGGUGCAUGGGAGCUCUCGAGGGUUCCUGUGCCGGGCGGUAGAAUUACUCAGAAAGGUGUUUACUGGAAUGCCGCACUGAACUGGAUCACCGAAGAUGGUCUCCUUGUCUCCUUUGAUGUUGACCAGCAACUGGUGAGGAUCACCCGCCUGCCGCUACGGGAUCCCCGCGGCGUGAUGCUUUACCUCGGAGAGUCUCGCGGCCACCUGCACUUGAUUGAGACUGCGGAGGACGUUGGUAGAGAUAAUAUUAACUGGCUGCGUUUUUUUGUUUUUGAGAUGCGAAAAGACAAUCGGAGCUGGUCAAUAUUAUACCAUGUUGAUCUCAAUGAUGUGAGAAUUGAGUACCCUCUCACUAAGGCGCCGCUUCCUAAUGAGAUUUCUCUUGGGAUAUUAUCGGACUACGGCAUCUACACAGUUCCUGUGUUUUUUGCUCGAGGAGGAGAACGGGAAGAUGACCAGAUGUAUUUUACCUAUCCCCCGAAUAUUUUCUGUUGUAACCUUGGAAAUAGGACCUUCUACAAAAUUUGUGCCACGAAGCCACGCACCCCAACGAUUCAGCCCAAUUUACCCGUGACCGUGACCAUCCACUUCUUCCCAUUUGCUCAGUCUCUUCUCUCCAAGAUCUCCGUCAGUUCAGUUAGUUCUCAGAUACAGAUACUUUCGGCGGUAUCCUGGAUUGUCAACAUUAUACAUUUUGGAUGCUUGUGUUGAGGAAACUACUUUACACUUUGGUUUACAUGUUGACUUCUGUUUUUUUUGUUUUUUUGUAAGUUUUAGCUACUAUCUCAUGGAGAACAAGUUACAUAUGAUUGGCAUUCUGAGCAGCUUACAUGGAA